AUGGACUUCAAUUCCCGAGUUUUGGAGUCCUCAGCGUGUCUUGGAAGAGUCCCUGGCAAAUCUGAAGGGAAAUCUGUUGUUGCUUCCACGUGUGCAACCCUUUGUACAGCAGUCUUUCCCCACUCGGUUGUGACAGGCGCCUGGAAGAGGCCUUUGAGGAGGCAGACAGGUGCGGUAGCAAUCCAGAUUGGUGCUCGGCUUGGUAGCGAGGACGAGAGAGAGGGAAGGUUGUGUGUGCAUGGAAACUUAACUGUGAUGUGGGGGGGAGGGCUUGGCAUCUGGGGGAAAAACGCCCCUAGACGCAACCGGGAUGGGAGCCGAUCCCAGCCUGAGCCGUGCGGCGUGGACUCCCUCCCGAAAGCCCCUCGCUCCGGAUUGGCGCUGGGCUUUAACCUCGCCCGGCUUGUUACCGGCCGCCGCUCUGCCCGCAGGGGCCGCGGGGCCGGGCAGAGGAGCAACCGGGGCACCGCGGCGGCGGGGAGCAGGGCACGGGCACGCUGGCCGCCGGCCUUGCCUGAGAGCCCGUCUCCCCGCCGCCCCGGGGCCGUCCUCCCCGUCCCCCGACAGGCUUUUCCGCUCUUCUACCCCCCAGCUCCCAGGGCGGCGGCGGAGGCGGAGGACACCGCCGGUGAUGGACGCCCCCCGGAGAUAGCCGCCGCCAUGAGCCAGCCGCCUGCAGGGGGCGCCGCCGCCGAGCCCCGCCUCCAUCCCGAGGGCAGCAGCGGCCGGAAGCCGCAGCGCGCCUCCUCUCCGGCCAGGGCCCGCGACAACCCGCCGCGCCCGCCGCCCGCCGCCGCGCCCCGCGCCCCGCCCGCCGGCCCCGCCCCCAAGGCCGCCGGGGCGCGGCCGCCGCCGGGACAGGCCGCCCGAGGCGCGCGCGGCCGCGCCGCCGAGAGGGCGGGCGGGCGGGGCGCGGGGCCGGCGGGAGCUGUCCAGCCCGCGGGCGGUGCUGAAGGGCCGCCCGCCGCCGGGAAGGGCGCCGCCGAGGAGCCGCCGCGCGCCGCCGAGGAGGCGCCCCCUGCGGGGGGAGGCGGCGGAGCGGGGAGCGAGCGGGAGGGGCCGGGGGCGCCGCCGCCGCCCAAGCAGUGGCGGGGGAAAGCGGGGCGGUCUCCGCUGAAGGGCGCGGGGGAGGCGGCCCCGGCGCCUCCAUCUUCCGCGGGAGCGGGGAAGGGCCGCGGGGCGGCGGGAGGCGGCGGCGGCGGCUACUGGAAGGAGGGAUGCCUGCAAAGUGAGCUCAUCCAGUUCCACCUCAGGAAGGGGCUGGCAGCGGCCGCCCAGAUGCAAACCAAGGGCAGCAACCACAGCGGCAGCGCUUCCUCCGCCUCCUCCGCCUCCGCGGCCGCCGCCCCGGCCGAGCCUCCCCCGGGCGCCUCCGCCUCCUCUCCCGCUGCCAUGGCGGCGGCCGGGGCGGAGGGGCUGCGGCAGGGCGAGGCGGACGGCGGCGGCAGGAGCGGCGCCCCCGAGGGCGCGCUGAGCCCGCAGCUGCAGGAGGAGAUGCAAGAAGAGAUGGAGAAGCUGCGGGAGGAGAACGAGAGCCUCAAGAAUGAGAUAGAUGAGCUGAGGACGGAGAUGGACGAGAUGAGGGACAGUUUCUUUGAGGAGGACGCUUGUCAGCUUCAAGAAAUGCGCCACGAGCUGGAGCGAGCCAACAAGAACUGCCGGAUCCUUCAGUACCGGCUGCGCAAGGCCGAGCGCAAGAGGCUCCGCUACGCCCAGACCGGGGAGAUCGACGGCGAGCUCUUGCGCAGCAUGGAGCAGGACCUCAAGGUUGCAAAAGAUGUAUCAGUGAGACUUCACCAUGAGUUAGAAAAUGUGGAAGAAAAACGUACUGUAACAGAAGAUGAAAAUGAAAAAUUAAGACAGCAGCUUAUUGAAGUUGAAAUUGCCAAACAAGCCCUACAGAAUGAACUGGAAAAAAUGAAAGAGCAAUCACUGAAAAGAAGAGGGAGCAAAGACCUACCAAAAUCAGAAAAAAAGGCACAGCAGACACCAACAGAGGAGGACAAUGAAGACCUGAAAUGCCAGUUACAGUUUGUCAAAGAAGAGGCAGCCUUGAUGAGGAAGAAAAUGGCUAAGAUUGAUAAAGAGAAAGACAGGUUUGAACAUGAACUGCAAAAAUAUAGAUCGUUUUAUGGGGAUUUGGACAGUCCCUUGCCAAAAGGUGAAGCAGGUGGGCCACCUACCACAAGAGAAGCUGAACUGAAGCUUCGAUUGAGACUUGUGGAGGAGGAAGCUAAUAUUCUUGGGAGGAAAAUAGUGGAACUAGAAGUAGAAAAUAGAGGACUGAAAGCAGAGCUUGAUGAUUUAAGAGGAGAUGAUUUCUCAGGUACUGCUAAUCCACUCCUGGGAGAACAGAGUGAAUCCCUGUCAGAAUUACGACAGCAUUUGCAACUAGUAGAAGACGAAGCAGAAUUGCUGAGGAGAAAUUUAGCUGAUUUGGAAGAACAGAAUAAACGUAUAACAGCUGAGCUGAACAAAUACAAGUACAAGUCUGGGGCCCAUGAGAACUCUAGGCACCAUGAUAAUGCCAAGACAGAAGCGUUACAGGAGGAGCUAAAAGCUGCACGAAUGCAGAUUAAUGAGCUGAGUGGCAAAGUCAUGCAACUCCAGUAUGAGAACAGAGUCUUAAUGUCCAACAUGCAACGCUAUGACUUGGCCUCUCAUCUUGGAAUCCGUGGCAGCCCCCGAGACAGUGAUGCAGAAAGCGAUGCAGGUAAAAAAGAGAGCGAUGAUGAUUCCCGUCCCCCUCACCGCAAAAGGGAAGGCCCCAUCGGUGGGGAAAGCGACUCUGAGGAGGUCCGCAACAUUCGGUGCCUGACACCCACGAGAUCUUUUUAUCCGACACCCUCUGGAUGGCAGAAAAGCUUCGCUGACAGGCAGCAGAUGAAGGACAUUCGCUCUGAAGCUGAGCGGCUGGGCAAGACAAUAGAUCGCUUAAUUUCUGACACAAGCACCAUCAUAACAGAGGCGAGAAUUUAUGUAGCAAAUGGGGACCUCUUUGGACUGAUGGAUGAGGAAGAUGAUGGCAGCAGAAUACGUGAGCAUGAGCUUCUUUACCGGAUCAAUGCACAGAUGAAGGCCUUCAGGAAAGAGCUCCAGGCUUUCAUCGACAGACUCGAAGUUCCGAAGUCUUCAGAUGAUCGAAGUGCAGAUGAACCUUUGUCAGUGAGUCAGAUGUUCCAGCCUAUCAUUUUACUUAUUCUCAUCCUUGUAUUAUUUUCAUCCCUUUCAUACACAACAAUAUUUAAACUUGUCUUCCUUUUUACACUGUUUUUUGUACUGUAAGCCAUUCAUCAUUUACUGUUCAUUGUAGUAUUAUUUUCAGUUUGUUUAUUUUGUCCGUCCUCCAAGAUAAGAAGUGCAAGAGACAUAGAUUCUGUAAUAGCCACUGCUGUAAAAACACUGAAGACUACAUCUUUGCCAAAAGCAAAACAAAACAAA